AUGGAAAACGACCAGGGUGUUCUCGUUGAUCUCUACGUCCCCCGCAAGUGCGCGGCGACCAACCGACUUAUCACUGCUAAGGAUCACGCGUCCGUGCAGCUCACGAUCUGCGACGUCGACCAGGACGGCCGGGCUCUCCAGACUGGCACCACCUUCGCUCUGUGCGGUCAGGUCCGGGCCAUGGGCGAGGGCGACGAUUCGCUGAACCGAUUGGCGACCAAGGCGGGCCUCCUCCGGAAUGUCUGGUCAUACCAAAAGUAG